AUGCCGCCGAACCACAGACCCAAAGCAUCAGAAAUGCUACCGACAACAAUACUUACUCUCUCUUUAUGGGACGACUACCGCAAAAAACAGGGGAACACAUCACCCAUGUCACCAGCAACCCCAAUAGAAACGAUCCAGCACCUUAUCCCGAACUUCAAUCACAAACUUUGGCACAGACAUGGUAUCUCCACGUUGUCGCAAGUAAUGCAGGGUACCGAACUCAAAAAACUCGCAGAUCUAUGUGAAGAAUUUCAAAUGCCAAUGACAGCGACCUUUUCCUACAUCCAGCUACAAUCAUGGAUUAACCUACACAAACCGCUUCAAACUGCACUCCCACCCGACCCCAACUGGCUCAAACUGACAGAGAUAUGCACCAAGACGAAACCGGCAACAAAAAUUAUUUCGACACUUUAUGCCUCAGAACAAACAAAUACCCAAG